AUGUCAGAGUCAUACGAGCGUGAGCGCCAGAACAAUGCUCGCCUCGACGAGCUGUCGGCAAAGGUCUCAGCCCUCAGGGGCGUCACCGUCGACAUUUACGACAACGCGCGCGCCCACGAGGUCAUUGACAACACCUCCGAGACCUUCUCCUCCAUGUCCACCCAGCUUAAGGGCUCCGCCGGCCGGCUAACCCGCAUGGCCGCCUCAGGGAACAAGGUCGCCAUUCUCAAGCUGUCGGGUAUCAUCAUCGGCGUCUUUGUCGUCCUCUACUACAUUGCCAAGUUGUUCUUCUAA